AUGUCUUCCGCUGCUUUAACUUCUCCGGAGAAAACGUCGUCCACCUCAUUCUCCUCGCCAUCCAAGAUCGUGCUCAAUGAACACACAUCUCGCCAUCCCACAGCAUAUGCUUGGUCUACAAAGAAGAAGUGGAUCCUCCUCACCGUCGUGGCCUUCUGCCAAGUCAGCAUGAACUUCAAUGCCGCCGUCUAUUCCAAUGCAGUCGAAGACAUCAACUUCACCUUAGGCAUCUUGGACGCUCGAUUGGGCAUGACUGCCUUCCUCAUCUCAUAUGCCGUAGGAUGCGAACUCUGGGCUCCGUGGUCCGAAGAGAUCGGCCGCUGGCCAAUCAUGCAGGCUUCCCUCGGACUGACCAAUGCCUCAAUCUUGGUCUGCGGCCUGGCUACCAAUUUCAAGGGCAUCAUCGGAGGCAGGGUCAUGGGCGGACUUUCCUUAGCUGGUGGAUCCGUUACCAUAGGCAUGGUCGCCGACAUGUUUCUUCCAGAGGAACAACAAUGUGCUGUUUUAUGGGCAUCGCUCUUCUCCUGUCUCGGUGCCGUUAUCGGAGGCAUCGCCGGUGGUCCUAUCCAGCAAUACCUUCCCAGCUACUAUUGGGACUUCUGGAUCCAGCUCGCGCUAGGUGGCGCGACCCAAAUCCUGCACCUUGUCGUGGCUAAAGAAAGCCGCGCCACUAUCCUUCUUGACCGCGAAGCGAAGAGACAGCGCAAAUCUGGUAACACCAGCAUCUUUGGCCCCAACGAGGUCAAGACUCUUAGGGAGCGUUUCAGCCUGAAGGAAAUAGCGACGACGAUGGUCCGUCCUUACCAAAUGCUCAUAUUUGAGCCCAUUGUGCUCUUCCUCUCUCUUCUGAGCGGCUUCGCUGACGCACUGAUCUUCAGCUUCUUCGAGAGCUACGGUUAUGUGUUCAAGCAGUGGAACUUUACGCCAACGCAAAUCUCGCUAGUUCUCGUUGCACUGGCCGCUUCUUACAUCAUGGGUUACCUCGCGUUCUUUCCAGUCGUCGCUCGCCAUAACGCCCGUCGUGCCAAAGGCGAAGCCCUUGCUCCCGAGGCUCGCCUCAAGGCACUACUCUAUCACGUCAUCCUACUGCCCAUCGGUCUCUUAAUCUGCGCCUUCGUCGCCACCGGCCCUCCUCUCCACUGGGCCGGGGUUGUGGUCCCAUCAGUCCUGGUCGGUAUCGCCAAUUUCGCCAUAUACUACGCGACAGUCGACUACAUGGUAGCCGCAUAG